AUGUUCAAGUCAACUUUAAACUCCAUAAUAAGAAGACCCUUGAAAGGUUUUCAACUUCUUAGAGGGGCUGACUCAUCGAAUACACGGCCACAGUCCCCUAGAGCCUCCGCAAGAGAUGUUACAGAGAAACAGAUAUUAAGAACUCCGUCAGCACCAACUGCAAUACCAUUAAGGGAGAUUAUCUAUAGAGUCCCAAGCUUGUUUCCUCGCCCUUUAGAAGAUUCUGUUAAGGACUUCCGAGAUUUUAUCAAGAACGAGGAUGCAUUCCAGACUGAACUUUUGAAAACGCUGCCAUUCUACCCCACUCCUUCGGAAUCAAAAACAGCAAGACUUAUAAGAACUGUUGUUGAUGAUGAGGGCAAUUACAUCAAUGAAUUUUGCAUACGCCCUCGAAAAACCUCAGUGCCUGAGGCUGACUUAAAACAUCUGGUUUUCAUUCAUGGGUAUGGCGCCGGAUUGGGUUUUUUCAUCAAGAAUUUUGAGGAUAUUCCACUAUUGGAUAACGAGUGGUGCAUACAUGCCAUCGAUUUGCCUGGGUAUGGUUUUUCUUCAAGACCUAAGUUUCCGUUCGAGUAUCCGAGAGAUAAUAUUCACAGCGUUCAAGAUUGGUUUCACGAAAGAAUACACACAUGGUUUAGUAAAAGAAAUCUUUUGAACCGACCUGAGAAAAACAUUGUUAUGGCACAUUCUUUAGGGUCUUACUUGAUGGCUUUAUAUUUGCAAAAAUAUAAGGAAUCUCCAUCUUUUAAAAAGCUGAUCCUUUGUUCCCCAGCAGGCGUGUCUUAUAGAGAUUUCAACAAUACUGCUUCAGAGGUUGAAAAAUGGAAACCGCCUCCUUGGUGGUAUGUCAAGCUUUGGGACAGAAAUAUCUCGCCUUUUACACUAGUAAGAAAUUUUCGCCAGUUAGGUUCGAAGAUUACAAGUGGAUGGUCAUAUCGGCGCUUUAAGCACAUUUUGAAUGGUGAUCCAGAACAGUCAAAACGGUUUGAAGCCUUGCAUAGAUACGCAUAUGCUAUUUUCAAUAAACGUGGUUCAGGUGAAUACUUAUUAAGCUUUGCUUUGAAAUGUGGUGGUGAACCAAGACUAUCAUUGGAGCAGCAGCUAUUCGAUGGCAAAAAGUCUGAUAUUUUAAAGAAUAGUAAUUGUGACUGGCUUUGGCUUUAUGGCGAUGACGAUUGGAUGGAUGUGAAUGGUGGACUUAGAGUAUCAAGAUUCUUGAAAGAGAAGUUGAAACAAAAAAGUAACGUCAUCAUUGUUCCUCAUUCAGGGCAUCACUUGUACCUGGAUAACUAUAAGUUUUUCAAUAAUAUUCUUACGAAAGAAAUGCAAAAAAUAUAA